AUGGUCGUCCCAGUCACCGAGUUCGUCAUCUUCAAAUUGAAACCUUCCGUAAAACCAGAAGACCACUCAAACGAGGAAGGCGCAUCCCUAUGCAAGAUCUUCUCCGCGACAAAACAACAAAGCGGACAUCAGAGCUCCGCAUGGGGGAGGACAGUCGAGGACGAGAAUGUCGUGGUGUGGGCAGUUGUCUGGGAAGACUCCCACGCCAAAUGCCAAGCAGAUCUCCUUGCCCCAUACCUCGAACCAGACUCGGAUGUCCUCUCGUUCUACACAACGCUUAACCCAUCCCCCUCUGAGACGGAUACUUUUACCACGAACCCGGUCACGGAGCUGGCGACGUUGGCUUACCCCAGUUCGCUGAAUCCCGAUGAGCACAAGAAGCUCAAUUCGGAUCUGAUCAACUUUCGCGUGGCGCUGACAGAGAAGCUGUCCGAGAAAUCGCGGCCGAAGUCCUGGACUAUGGCGCAGGUCCACCGGCCCGGGACGUUCCAGCAUCCGAAGAGUCCGUCUGGGGAGGCAUUCGUGUAUCUUAUCGCGGUGGGAUGGGAGAGCGUGGAUGCCCAUAUGGCGGCUAGGGAGACCAAGGAGUUUCAGGAGUCCAUUAAGCCGAUUCGAGAGAAGAUGCUUCCUGCGGUGCAGGGACUGGGCAUGAAACACGUCAGCUUCAAGAAGAUCUGA